CUUUGAAAAUAUAAUUUAUAUACUGUACUUUGGGCAUUAAAAAUAAUUAAUUUGUACAACCGUAAUUUUGGUGAAAUUACGUUUUUCACUAAUGUAGCAAUCCGACAACAUACAAAUUUUUCUAUGGCGACCAGAAGCCGAACACUCCUGUUUUUAAAAUAUCGUAAUACUUUCGCAAGAAACCAUUCUCGACCUUUAGCUACAUCGAGUGGUUAUGAUGCAUAUAAUACAUCAGAACAAGCUGGUUUAAUAGAAAGUUCAGAUCAUGUCAUAGAACUUACUGUUUUACCGCCAAAAUGGAUAGAUAUAGUUGACGAGGUGGACGAUGAUAUUGACCAAAUAAAAAAUCUUCUUCCAACGCUAGAAUCCCUUCAUAAGAAACAUAUUCUUCCGGGAUUUGAUGAUCGAACCAAAGAAGAAAAAGAAAUUGAACGAUUAACAGACGAAAUAACACAUUUAUUUCAACAAUGCCAAUCGAAAAUUAAACGAAUUGCAAAUGAGAGUUUAUCAUCAAUAGCACCAAAUCAAGAGCGAGCAAUGAGCAAAAACAUUCAAACUUCAUUAGCUUCAAAAUUACAAGAAUUAUCAUCAAGUUUUCGAAAACAGCAAGCAUCUUAUUUGAAGAAACUUAAAGGAAGAGAGUCUAAGGGUUCGAAAUUUUUUUUAAUAGAAAGUAAUGAUUCGAAUGAGGAUGAUUUGGAAUUGGGAUUUACGUCAAGUCAACUUGCACGUGUGGAAUCUUCGGAAGCAGUGAUUUCGCAGCGAGAACGAGAAAUAAUUGAAAUCGCAAAAUCUAUACAUACGAUAGCGGAAAUUUUUAGAGAGCUUCAAUCGCUUGUUAUUGAUCAAGGAACAUUAUUAGAUCGAAUUGAUUAUAAUGUUGAACAAAUGAGUGUUAAUGUUAAAUCCGCUGUCAGAGAGUUAGAUAAGGGUGCACAAUACCAAAAGAAAACUAGAAAUCGAAAAAUAAUCCUACUUUUACUGUUACUAAUUUUUGGACUUAUUAUUAUUCUUAUAUUUAAACCUCGUUAAAAUGGUUGACAUAAUUAAUAUUUUUAUUCUUAUUUAUUUAUUUUCAUUCAGAUUUCCAACAGUCAUCUAAACCUAAUUUUUUAUGUUUCUAAAUAUUUUACUAAUUGGUAAAAG